AUGGUAACGAAAUGGACAGUACGUAAAAAGCAUUUCAAUUGCAUCGGACGAAUGUUUUCUGUAAGUCCUACACAGCCUGAGCUAUUUCACUUACGAUUGUUACUGUUGCAUGUAAGAGGAGCUACGAUCUUCGAUUCAUUAAAAACUGUUAAUGGUAUAAUUCAACCUUCGUUUACAGCAGCUUGCCUAGAAUUAGGAUUAAUAGAAGACGACCAAGAAUGGGUUAAAGCAAUGGAGGAAGCAAUAAUGUGGAUGAUGCCACGUAGGCUGCGACAAUUGUUUGUUCGAAUUUUAAUACAUUGUCAACCAAUACAUCCUGAAAAAUUAUGGGACAAAUUCAAAGAUGCAUUAUCGGAAGAUUUUUCGCGAACACACGACGUUAUUAUGAGUCAUCAAAUGGCAUAUGCAGACAUUAACAAUUUAUUGAUUUAUGAAGGUAAGAGUUUGGCCGACUACCCUACUAUGGAUCAAACAGUAGUUAGUCAUUUAUUAUUAGAAAACGAUAAUGAAUCAUUACAAUCAAAUUUUACAGAAAUUGGAGAACGACAAUAUCAGUUAUUGAAUGAACAACAGAAAGAAAUUGUCGACGUUGUUUUGAACUUAGCAAAUGAUACAAAUAAUCAUGAUAAUAAUUGUAUAUACUACAUCGACGGUCCAGGAGGAUCAGGAAAAACUUUCAUUUACACAACUAUUUAUAAUCUACUGUGCUCAAAAAAUAUCAAAGUAUCUUCAAUGGCAUUCACUGGAAUUGCCGCAGUAUUACUUCCACAAGGAAAAACAGUAUAUAAAACAUUCGGGCUUCCUGUUCCUAUGUACAGUGACUCAUCAUCAAGUAUAACUGCACAAUCUAAGGAUGGUCUUCUACUAAAAGAAACAAAAGUUUUCAUUUGGGACGAAGCGCCUAUGGCUCCAAGAUACGCAUUAGAAAUAGUGAAUAGAACAUUACAAAAGUUUAUGAACAAUGAUUUACCAUUUGGUGGUAAAAUUAUGGUUUUAGGGGGCGAUUUUAGGCAACUUUUACCAAUUAAAAUCAAUGGAACGCGUACUGAAACCUUGAACCUUUCUAUUAAAUACAGUGAAUUAUGGAGACAUUUCAUUAAAUACAAUCUUACCACUAAUAUGAGAGCAUUACCUAAUGAAGUUGAUUUCGCAAAAUUUUUAAUAUUAGUUGGCGAUGGAAGUCUAAAUGACCAACGUGACAAUUUAACUUUACCCGAGCAUUGUAUCUUGAACUAUAAUGAUGAUGUUGUCCGCAGUGUAUUUCAAAGACUAAUUAUAGAAAAGCAAUUUGAUGUUAUGAGUAAAUGUGCUAUAUUAUCUGCUCGAAAUGUGGAUGUUGAUGAAUUAAAUAAAUUAGUUACCGACUUACUAGAUAUAGCGACAGAACAUAUAUAUACUGCAAUUGACAGUACCGAUAAUUGUGAUAACGGUGAUUUUCAAGAAAUAAUCUUACCGGAAUAUUUAAAUACGUUACAUCCUUCCAGUUUACCUCCAUAUGAAUUACGAUUGAGGAAAAAUUGUAUUGUCAUGCUCAUUAGAAACAUAAGUAUACACGAAGGUUUAUGUAAUGGUACGCGUUUACGAGUAUUAGAUUUUUCGAAUCAUUUAUUGAAAUGUCAAGUUUUAACGGGAGACAAAUCAAAUAGUAUUGUAUUUUUAAAUCGUAUUUCAUUAACGUGCGAAAAUGAAUACCCAUUUACAUUCAGAAAACGUCAAGUUCCUGUCAAAUUAGCAUUUGCUAUGACAAUCAAUAAAGCUCAAGGUCAAACAUUUGAUAAUAUUGCUAUUGAUCUUCGAAGAGAUGUUUUCAAUCAUGGGCAAUUGUAUGUAGCAAUGUCUAGAGUACGUUCAUGGGAAACACUCAAAAGUUACCUAGGGAAUCAACAACGUGAUAGUUUUACAGUUAAAAAUUAUGUUUACAAAGAACUUUAUAUAUAG